AUGGCCGGUUGCCAGCAGGGUCGUGUGACAUUAGAGAUCAGAAAACCUCUGGUUCAGCGUCCUAUAGAUAUGAGUCAGCGUUCUCGGGCCUCCAGAGUGCGACAGCAUGUCCACUGUGAUUCCUGCUACAGCCGGCGCUGCAGGGCUCGGGUGGAGGUCUCUGUGUGCUGUGCUCUCAUCCCCUGCCGCCUGCACUGUGGAGCGCUCUUCCACCUUUGUAAAGAGGAGGAUCACCUGCUGCUCUGCCCCAACGUGAGGGUGCCGUGCCUCAACGCCGAGUACGGCUGCCCGCGCCAUCUGCCCCGCUCCUCGCAGGCCGCUCACCUCCAGGUGUGUCCGGCCAGCGUCGUGUGUUGCUCCAUGGAGUGGCUCCGCUGGCCGACUGAUGACACAAACCCAUGCAGCAACGUUGCCCUGCAGGAGACCGUGCUGCAGGAAAUGAAGGGGCAGGGGGAGCCUCUGGAUCUUGCCACAGCCCUCGUGGAUCAGUCAGACCUUUAUGACCGCCUGAAAAUGAAGCCUCUCUUUCCAGAGCUGAUCGAAGCAGACGAGGAGGAAAUAGAGGACGAGAAGAAAGAGGAGACGGCAAUGGGAGGAGGGUCUGUCAAUGUUGUCACAGACGAAGAGAAUAAUGUUGACGACGAGACUCUACAGAACCGAGUGGGGCAAGUCUCGGGCAUCAGCAAAGGGAAAUACGACCUGUGUGAGAUGAUGUUCAGCAUGGAGAAAGGCGGCUGUGCUGUUGCUCAGGCAAACCAAGACAAUCCAAAGCCUGGUGAGGAAGUUGAGCUUGUAGACGAAGAUAAGACCGGGCAGGCCCCGUGGCAGGAGGGGGUGCUGGAGCGUCUGGGGCAGGACCUCACCCCGCAGGAGUACAACAUGUACGUGGUGCAUCACGGGAGCAUGCUGCUUACCUUCGGAAAAAUCAACGCCUGUACACCGAGGGAAGACGAUUUUGUCUAUGGCAGCCUGGAGCCUAUCCCAGUCCAGACCCUGCACUCUUUCAAGAUCCCUGACGGCUAUCACUACAGCAGUCGGCGGGCUCAUCACUACGACACAUCUCGGCCUCCCAGCGAGCCUCGCAGUGUGGACACAUCCGACCUUGUAUUCAAGGACGAGGACUGCUUCAGUGAUGAAGCAGCAUCCACCCUGCUGGGCUAUGCGGAAAUGGAGGUCAGGGGUCACAAGAUCAGUGAGUCAAAUGCAUACGAUGGGCUUUACGUCGACGUGGCAACACAGACGCAUUUUUUCCGCGCUGCACCAUUUAAAGCGAAAACAACCCUGGCUGAGGUGAUGGUCGACAGACCGCUGAAGCUUCACCUGCAGCUGCAGUCAGACAGGGUGAACAGCAGAAACACCAGAGCCAACUGUGUCUUCACCUUCCUCUGCGGUCACACUUUCCACCGCGGGGAGUUCCCCUCACAUUUCAGGAACGUCCACAGUGACAUCCAGACAAGUCUGAGUGGAUGGUUUGAGCAGAGAUGCCCCCUAUCCUACCUGGGAUGCACCUACAGCCAGAGGAGGUUUCAGCCCUCCACACAUAAAGCCACCGUCUCCUAUGAUCGGCAGCUGAGGAGUUUCAACUUGCGUCCAACACUUGUAGCUUCAGUAGGUGACGACUCCCAAGCAUCCAGGAGCUCAGUGGACUCCUCCACCGCUCAGAGGAGGAGAGGAGGUCGUGGAGGAGGAGGGGAGGACUCUCUGAGCUCGCUGCCCUACGAGGUGCUGUGCCACAUGGCCCGUUUCCUGGACAGUCUGUCCCUGUCCCAGCUGGCUCUGGUGUCCCAGCUGAUGAGGCAGGUGAGCUCCUCUCUGCUGCAGGAGAGAGGGAUGGUCACCCUCCGCUGGGAGAAGAAGACCUACUCACACGGAGGAGCCAAAUGGAGGGCCAAACCGGUAUGGGAGUUCAGUCACCUCUUCUCCUCAGUGGAUUCGUGGCAUAUGGCAGACAUCCCUCCAAUAUCUGCUCAUCUAAAAGUCUGUCCUUACUACGAGACCUCUCUGCACAGUGAGCCUGUUCCCCUCUCAGGCAUGAGUGACACACAGGAGGGCAGCCAGGAGAGGCUGAGCCUCGUCGACCAUUUUGCAAGAAACAGAUUGCAACAAUAA